GUUGGUUGUGGGAAGAGAGGGGGUUACAGAGAGGUGGUGAGAUUGACUAAAUCUGCUUGGAUUACGCUGUCAAUAGCAUCUUUCCUAUGGAUGAGGAGUAGUAUCGGAUGAAGAACGCACCCGUUGUCAAAGAGGGAAACUUGUUCUUGGGUAGCCUAGGCUAUAUUUUGACAUGGAGUGUGCCGUGACAACACCCCCUGACAUGUGAGAUUUACAGAGCAAUAUAGCUUGGCAGAAGACUGUGCGAUUGUGUGGCUGUUGCCAUCUCGCUUAUCCAUUUAUGGUUGCUCAUUUGAUCCAGUACUUGUCGCGAUCCUCGUCUGUAUUGGGGGAAAAAUGAAGAAGUUUAAUAUCAGAAAGGUGCUAGAUGGUUUGACGAACGUGUCAUCCUCCUCCUCCGCAUCACCUCAACCGGGAAACAGGGAAAAUGACACAAUUCUGGAGAACCUGCAGUCGGAGAAUUUCCAGCUCUGCAAGACUGUGCGCCAUGGGUUCCCCUAUCAGCCCUCAGCAAUGGCUUUUGACGCUGUACAGAAAAUCCUCGCCAUAGGGACUCAGAGUGGAGCUUUGAGAUUGUUUGGGCGAGCAGGUGUGGAGUGUUACUGCCAACAUGAGCCCGCCUCUGCCGUCAUCGCGCUACAGUUCCUCAUCAACGAGGGGGCGCUAGUGAGCGCGCUGGCCGACGACAGUAUCCACUUAUGGAACCUGAGGCAGAAGCUGCCGGCGGUGCUGCACUCGCUCAAGUUCAACAGGGAAAGGAUCACGUUUCUCCACCUGCCCUUCCAGAGCAAGUGGCUGUACGUGGGCACGGAACGGGGGAACAUCCACAUGGUGAACGUGGAGUCCUUCACUCUCUCAGGCUACGUCAUCAUGUGGAAUAAAGCCAUUGAACUGUCCUCGAAGUCACACCCCGGCCCAGUGGUACACAUCAGUGACAACCCUAUGGAUGAGGGCAAGCUGCUGAUAGGCUUUGAGUGUGGCAUCGUUGUGUUGUGGGACCUGAGGACCAAGAAAGCAGACUACCGCUACAGCUACGACGAGGCCAUUCACUCGGUCGCCUGGCACCACGAGGGCAAGCAGUUCGUCUGCAGCCAUUCAGACGGCACCCUGACCAUCUGGAACAUCCGCGUGCCUGCCAAACCUGCCCAGAUCAUCACGCCCCACGGUAAGCAUCCUAAGGAUGGCAAGAAGCCGGAGCCGUGUAAGCCCAUUCUGAAGGUGGAGUACAAGACCACCAGAGUAGGGGACCCCUUCAUGGUGCUGUCGGGGGGCCUGUCCUAUGACACGGUGGGCAGACGGGCCUGUCUGACGGUGAUGCACGGGAAGAGCACGGCCGUGCUGGAGAUGGACUACCCCAUCGUGGACUUCCUCACGCUGUGUGAAACGCCCUAUCCCAAUGAUUUCCAGGAGCCCUAUGCUGUGGUCAUCCUGCUGGAGAAAGACUUGGUGGUGAUCGACCUGGCGCAAAUCGGGUACCCCAUCUUUGAGACCCCGUACCCCCUGACCCUGCACGAGUCUCCGGUGACAUGCUGCGAGUACUUUGCCGACUGCCCAGCAGAGCUGAUCCCGGCCCUCUACUCCGUGGGCUCCCGGCAGAAGAGACAGGGCUACAGUAAAAAGGAAUGGCCCAUAAGUGGUGGCAACUGGGGGCAGGGGACACAGAGCUACCCAGAAAUCAUCAUCACAGGACAUGCUGAUGGGUCCAUCAAGUUCUGGGACGCCUCAGCAAUUAUGCUGCAGGUGCUGUACAAGCUGAAGACGGCUAAAGUGUUUGAGAAGGCGCGCAACAAGGAGGACAAGCCCAGCACGGACAUCGUGGACGAGGACCCGUUCGCCAUCCAGAUCCUGACCUGGUGCCCGGAGAGUCGCAUGCUGUGUGUGGCAGGAGUCUCUGCCCACGUCAUCAUAUACCGCUUCAGCAAGCAGGAGGUCACCACUGAAGUAGUGCAGCUCCUGGAGGUGCGUAUGCCGUACGAGCUGAACGACGUGGAAUCUCCGGAGGCGGCGGGAGAGCAGACGCCGGCCGUGUCCACGCCGGGGGCCUCGUCCAGCCCCCAGUCGGCGCUGCCCCCCGCGCAGACGCACCCGUCCACCAGCAGCAACUCGUCCGACGGACCCCGAGACAACGUGCCCUGCCUCAAGGUGCGCUGUUCCCCUCUCAAGCAGUCUCCAGGCUACCAGGUGGACCUGGUGGUGCAGCUGCUGUGGGUCAGCGGGGAGCCCCCCCAACAGAUCACCAGCCUCGCCCUCAACUCUGCAUAUGGCCUGGUCGUUUUCGGUAACUUCAACGGGCUGGCCGUGGUGGACUACUUCCAGAAGACCCUCCUGAUGAACGUGGGUGUCCAGGAGCUGUACGGCUUGGCUGACCCCUUCCAGAGGCAGCCGCGCUCCCCGCGCAAGGCCCGCCAGCCGUCAGGAGGUGUCUGUGAUGUUAACGACGGCUCCAAUGCCUCCGAGGACCGCUGCAAAUCCCCCACCUCAGGCUCUGGCUCUCCAUGCAAUUCUGACGAGGAGAACAAACACCAAAAGUUCAUAGAUAAGAUGAAGCAGAAAAGCAGGCGCUUUUCCAAGACGGUAGCCAAUGACUUAGCGAAGAUGUCACGGAAACUAGUCACGGUCCCUGAUCAGAAACAGGAAACUGCAGUAGCCGAGCGCAUUCAUAGACGGCGCUCUCUUCAGCCCAAGAAGCGUGUGUGUGGUGUAAGAUCGGCCACCCAGGCCAACUGGAACCGGGGCGGGAGCUCCAUGGUGCGGACCCCAUCGGCCCCCGACCUCUAUGCAAAGGACAGCUCCUUCAGCCGCUCGCGCAGCUCCAGCGUGACGAGCCUGGAGCGGGAGGCGCGCGAGAUCAUCUCCUCCUUCCACUUCAGCGAGACGCUGAGCCGCAAGGGCGAGGCGGCGCCGGGGCCCAGCCUGUGGGUGGGCACCUCGCAGGGCAGCAUGCUGGUGCUGCCCCUCACCGUGCCCGCCGGCAGCGAGCAGCGCAUGCAGCAGGCGCCCGCCGUCUCCUUUGGAGGUGUGGUGACGCGCCUGAAGGGCGGCGUGCUCUCCAUGGCCACGCUGGACUCGGCGGGCGCGCCCCUGCUGCCGCCGUACGAGCUGUGGUACGACCCCAACCUGCCGGACGAGCGCGAGGAGAAGGACCGCUGGAAGCGGCGCCGGCCGGCCUCGCCUCCCGCGGGCAGCCAGGAGGGGGCGCCGGACACCCACUACGUGGUGCUGUGCUCGGAGAAGCAGGCCGAGGUGAUCGCGCUGCCCGCCCAGGCCAGCGUGUUCAAACACAACAUCACCGAGGCCUCGUUCGUGCUGCGCGCCGACGUGGUACAGAUGACCACCGGCUGCUGCAUCGCCUGCUUCUGUGCCAACGGGCACAUCAUGGCACUCAGUCUGCCGAGUUUGCGGCCUCUGUUGGAUGUGAACUACCUGCCCCUGACAGACAUGCGCAUCGCCAGAACCUUCUGCUUCUCCAACCUGGGCCAGGCCCUGUACCUCACCUCCCCCACAGAGAUGCAGCGCCUCACCUACAGCCAGGAGACCUGCGACAACCUGCAGGAGAUGCUGUGUGAGCUCUUCACUCCCGUGGAGACUCCAGAGGCGCCCAACAGAGGCUUCUUCAAGGGUCUGUUUGGAGGAGGAGCUCAGUCUCUGGACAGAGAGGACCUGUUCGGGGAGACAGCGGCUGGCAAGGCCUCCCGGAGCCUGGCGCAGCACAUCCCGGGGCCCGGGGGCAUGGAGGGCAUGAAGGGGGCAGCGUCGGGUAUCGUGGGCGAUCUGGCGCGCACCCGCAUGGCGCUGGACGAGAGAGGGCAGAAACUGGGCGAGCUGGAGGAGCGGACGGCCGCCAUGAUGUCCAGCGCCGACUCCUUCUCCAAACACGCCCACGACAUGAUGUUGAAGUACAAAGAUAAGAAGUGGUACCAGCUCUGAUGCCAGCGCCAGAGGGCCCAUGUGACUGAAGACUCCCUCUCUCUCCUCCUCCUCCUCUUCCUCCACUUCUUUUCUCUCUCUCUUUCUCUCUCUCUCUCUCUCUCUUGCUCUCCCUCUCCUCCAAUCCGUCCCUCCUCCCUCCCUCCCGGAGGGCUGACUGAUUGACAGACUGCCACUUCUUUAUCCGAGCACAAAACUCACCCCGUUCGACCUCGGUCAUCAGAGGAGAGCCAAGCGCGCCGGAGGGACAGCGACCUUUCCCCCUGCCUCUCCACAACUGACCCUUGACCCCACCCCCCCGACCCCAACCAGCCCGCGGAGCGCUGAGGAGAGAAGGAGAGAGGGAGGACAAGUGCGGAAGGAGAACACGAGGGAGAGGAGGACAACACGAGGAGAGGAGGAACAGCCUUUGUGUGUCUUGUUCACAUUAGCCACGCUGCCAUACUACUACUACUUACUACUACUGCUGUUAAGGAGAGAGAAAAAAAAACUACUGAAGGACAUAUGAAGGACAUCUCAUGCCUCCUUCCUCUGAAGCAAACAGGAAGUAGAUGAGGCCAAGUAAUGCUGGGUGUUGUAGUUCUCAGACACUGGGAAGGGAAUGGGAAGGACACGACAGGCAGACAUGACUCUCUCUCUCUUUCCCACAUCCAGUGACUUCAAUCGCUUAUCUGCUGUGCAUUUUCUAUGUUUGCCCACCUGCCCACCCCAUGCCAACCCCAUGCCCUCUCUCCCAUGCCCCCCUCACUGUUCCCUUACAUGCCCCCGUCCCAUGCUGUUUUGUUUUUUCACGGGAAAAAAGCCAGAUUGUCUUAUUCAAAGAUAUGAUGCUGAUUAUCAUGAAGUAGUUAAAUGACAGUCAUGACUGUGAUGAUGAUGAAGAUGAGGAAGAUGAUGUUGUUGAUGUUUGAAAACGAGCCUGACAAAAUGCCAUUAAUUAUACCUACUAAGGGCUGGUAGUUUGCUGUAUGGAACACGUAUCCUGUGCUGGUGUCACCCAUGAUCAGGCUGUGGAUGUACUGUAAGCAGAGAUAAGCCGAGCUGAGUUUGACUUUGAGUCCCUUGCAGACUCAAGCCUGUUACAGUAUGAUAGGGCUUGCUGGGAUCUUAUCAUAAAAAAAACCUUAAUAUGGAGUUGGAAUGUUUUUCCUUACACAGGUUAUCACACAUGCAUCACACACACACACAUUUUAUGUAUCCUCACAAAAAAUGCAAAUGCAUCCAUUCACCAAAACACACAUUAGUAUUCUACUCACGCAGACAUACACACAUCUGCAUACACAUACACAUACACACACACACACACACGCACACACACACACCACCUCUCCUCACCUGUGUUGUGGAGACGCUGAAUGCACUGUACUACUGAUGAGGACCCACAUGGAGAAUAGGGUCAGAUGUUUAAUGAAGUGGACGGUCCAGUCCCAGACGUGCGGAGACGCAGCCUCGAGCUGCAAGGUCAGAGCAGAGGGAGCUGCAACCUGUGUAGAUGGAGAAGUCCUACACACACCAGAGACAUGCUGCAGCUGCGGGUUCUGUGAGUGUGUGUGUGUGUGUGUGUGUGUGUGUGUGUGUGUGUGUGUGUGUGUGUGUGUGCUAUUACCUGUUUUUUCUCUUCUGUUUUUCUUGUAAUGGCCGUGACUAGGCAUAUCAUUAGUCGUUUGCCUGUCUGUGCUCUUCUUGGCAAAAAAGUAUAUGCUAACAAUCUUAAUGGCCCAGGCCUCUCCUGCUGAGCUCUACCCGUAUGUGUGUGUGUUUGUUUGUUUGCAAGGGUGCUAGAGUGUAUAUUGUGUGUGUGUGUGUGUGUGUGUGUGUGUGUGUGUGUGUGUUUGCAAGGGUGCUAGCGUGUAUAUUGAAUGUGUGUGGCUGUCAUUGUGUGUGUGUGUGUGUGUGUGUGUGUGUGUGUGUGUGUGUGUGUGUGUGUGCAAGCGCUGGGGACACUUACUGCAUACAUUUUGCGUGAUGCCACAUCCCUCUCUUCACGUCAGCGCCCGGAGGGCCUCUGUCUCCUGCUCAACAGCACGUCGGUCUUAUUGGUGUGAUGUUUCCCACUUUUGCCGUCGUCAUGGCGGGCUGGACGACGGAAAAAUGCAUGUGUCUCUCCCAGAGUUUGUGUCUGAUUGAUUUUGGUCAGUGUGUCGAGUCGCCUCAGCCAAAUACCACCCACACCCUCACCCUCACCCCACCUCCCCAAAGCCUGCUGAAGCCCAGCACCACCUCCUCCUCCUGUAUUUGAUUUGUAUGCUGAUAUGCCAACCCAGAUAUGUGUAUUCUUUACUGGAAGUACAUAUAUGCAGGAAUAUAUAUACAGGUCUGUCUGCAUAUAUUUAUACAAAGUACAUAGAUACAGUAUAUUUUAAGGGAUGUAAUUCCCGAAUGGUGUUUUUUGUUGUUCUUGUAAUCAGUUUGUUUAUUUCAGAUCGCUUUGUUUGAAAUACUUGGUUUUGAUUUAGGCUACAUUCUGUUUUGUUUAAUUUAUGAAGUGCGAGAGGUUGCUGCUAUUUUUGUUUCUCUGUGGGAGCAUUAUCCUCUGUCCUUGACUUCUGGCUGAAGGCUUCCCCCCUCUCUCUCUCUCUCUGUCUGUCUUUCUCUCUCUCUCUCUCUCUCUCUCUCUGUCCGUCUUUCUCUCUCUCCAUCUCUGUCUCUCUACCCGUUUGUUUGGAUGUUUGUUUGCGUUUUCUCUAUCAGCUGCCAAAUGUUGUAAAUAUUGGGACACUUGAAGACUAAUCAGAGAGUGCUGAUGUCGGCAAGGUGACAUUGAUAGCCAUCUCUUGUUCUCUUUCUCUCCAUCUCUUGUUCUCUUUCUCUCCAUCUCUUGUUCUCUUUCUCUCCAUCUCUCUCUUUCUCUGUCUUGAUCCGUCGGCUGCCAAACGUGGCCCCACGCCGGGGCUCACUCCAACAGCCAAUCAGAGAGGUCUUUUUUAGAGAACUGAUGACCUCAUAGAGCACUCAGUGAGGUCACUCCCUCCCUCCCGCCUGGAGCUCUGUGUUUCCUCAAGCGCGUGCUCUUAGUCUGUGCAAGCGCUCGUAUGGGUUUUGCACUAUGAGUUUUUAUGUUGUAUUUAUAAUUCUGUCAGAGGUAAUUUUGAUUCAUAUUUUUGUAAUUUUUUGGCAAAGUGUUUUUUUCUUUUAGUUUUGGCAGUUUUCGUUUGGUGUGUCUGAGGGUGAUGGUGUUUGUGCAUCUGCGUGCGUGUGUGUGUGUGAUUGUGACUGUGUGUGUGUGUGUGUGUGUGUGUGUGUGUGUGUGUGUGUGUGUGUGUGUUCUGAAGGACCAAAUCAUGAUGCUGAAGGAUACAGGCCGGUGUGCCGAAGGCAGGUCAUCUGGGAGUGGCUCUCUUUCUCUCCGUCUCUCUAAGAUUCAUCUUCAGUGUCUGCUCAAUGAUAUUCUAAUAUAUUUAUAUAUUUGAAAAUAUAUAUAUACUUUUAAUUUCAAGAUAUUCAAGAUAUUUCAAGAUAUAAUACUUUUAUUAUAUUAUUUAAAAAAUGAAGACUGCGUUUUCAAAAUAUCAAAUUUGUGUGUAUGAAUGUGAGUGUGGCGAGUGUAUCUAGCUAUCGGUUUAGAUAUCCAGAUACAGCUCUGUAUCCAGUUCUGAAUAGUUGGGCUAUUCAGUGCGCGCUUGUGUUGCCAGGGGGCGCCAUUUGUAUGAGUGGAGCUCUACUGGUGAGCUUCGGUGGAGCAAGCAUGUUCUUUAGUGUUUACAGACUUGAAGCAUUCAUUAUUGUCUCUCAUCAAAGCGUCAGACUUAUUUUUUUGUUAGCUUUUUGUGUGCUCUACCAAUGUAAACUUUAUUUUUUAUUUCUGAUAUAUCUUCUUUUUUUAUUUGAGUGAUAUGUCUUUACUUUAUCAGCAGGUAGGGUUUUUCUUUCUGUUUAUGUGUUCUAUAACUUUUUUUUCUGUUGAGAAAACAUUGUUGUCAUGCAAGCUUUUGGCCUCUCUGUCUAACUAAGCAGCCCACUCCAGUGCACGCCCUCUCUCAGUACCAGACCUAAGACUGGGCUUGAGUCCAGGGUUCACCGGUGUCUCACCUGCCGAGAAUUUUAAAAAAAAAAAGAAAGAAAACACUGGAAGGGGUUCGCAUCAAUUUGUUUUUGUUUUUUUUCUGGUUGUAGCCACUUCACUGUACAGUUUUCUGAAGCUUUCACAUGGGUGUUUGUCUUAAUCUGCUGCCACCUACAAUGUAGAAACUCUGUUGAUAGACAUUACUGUGCAAUGGAAAAAAAAUAAAUGUAAAACCAA